CCGUAUGUGUGCUGCUCCCUUUAGGUUGAAACAAGGUAUUACAGUUAGAUUUCUUGAUUGGCUCCAUGUAAGUCCCACAUCAUUUCAGAAGUCUGACGUCAUGGUCUGCAGCUCCAGUAAUGAUAACAGUCCUGUUCCCCAAGCCCCGCCCCUCUGACUUGAUUUUCACAUUUCAGCUAUGGGUGGAGUCAGCUUCCAACUUCCAUGUUUGGUUACCCUUUAAAUCCAGCAUCUUGGUUUCCUAGGGUCAAAGCAGUUUUCAGCAGAGCUAGUGGGCUCGCUACAGCAGAGCUUGCUAGCUCGAUAGAGCGGAGCUCGCUAGCUCUACCCACAGUUGCACCAUGUGAGCCCAGUUGAUGUUGAUGAACAUUUCAGACCUCUAUUACCUUUUCAAUUGGGAGAACUUAUAGAAUCAGAAACUGACAAAUACUUUAUCGUCCCAGAGUAUUACAUUUGUAGUAUAUAAUCUUUAUAUAAUCGUUAUAUUCUAAAGAUUCUUCCCCUAAUCACAGCUGAGCACCUGUUUCAGGUGUGUCGAGUCAGUUACAACAUGCCAAUAUAUUGGAAAAUAGUUAAAAAUGCUAUCCUCGUCCCCACCUGUUUUAAAUGACAUAUUUUAGGGGAAAAAAUUGAGACAAAACAGAAAUGAAAACCUUGAUUACAAAAAAAUGCAAAAGAAAACCCAACAAGUUUGUUAGCAGAAUAGAGGAACUACCACAAAGUUAAAAAAAAAAAAGUAAAGGGGAGGGGCUAAAGUGGUGACAAACAUCAGACAUAAACAUGGCUCCUAAUUUAAGAGAGAGCUGAAGCGGAGUUUGUUUCACUGAAGAUGGAGUUUCAAGACGGUGCAGACUUUUGCUUUCCCCAGUUCCUGAACAUAUCCUGCAGAAAACCUGCUUCUUUGUCAGCUGAAGCAGUGCUGGUUCAGAUAAUGCUGUUCUCCAUCUCUUUUCUUACUGUGGCUCUGAACCUGCUGGUCAUCAUCGCUGUCUCCCACUUCAGGCAGCUACACUCUCCCACCAACACCCUCCUCCUUUCUCUGGCUGUCUCAGACUUUCUUACAAGUCUCAUCUUGAUGCCAGCAGAAAUCAUCCGAAAUGUCCCCUGUUGGUUUCUUGGUGAUGCUGCGUGUUCUUUGUACAAUUCUCUGUCCUUUGUCCUCACUUCUGCCUCAGUUGGAAACAUGGUACUGAUAUCAGUUGACCGCUAUGUUGCAGUGUGUGACCCUCUUCAUUACCCAACCAAAGUCACAGAUAACAGAGUUAAGCUGAGUGUCUGUCUUUGUUGGCUUUGCUCUGUUUUUUACGGCACUUUGAUAGUGAAGGAGGACUUUGCAAACCAAGGCAGAUAUAGAUCCUGCUAUGGGGAAUGUGUGGUUACUGUUGAUUAUAUUGAAGGAACUAUAGACCUUGUUGUAAGCUUUAUUGCUCCAGUUUUUGUGAUUGUGGUUCUGUACAUGAGAGUGUUUGUGGUGGCCGUGUCUCAGGCUCGUGCCAUGCGCUCUCAUGUUACAGCCGUCACACUGCAGCCUCCAGUGACUCAAACCGUCAGGAAAUCUGAGCUGAAAGCAGCCAGGACUCUGGGAGUUCUUGUUGUUGUGUUUCUAAUGUGUUUUUGCCCUUAUUAUUGUAUUUCUCUGGCAGCAGACAACUUGCUCAAUCACUCGUUUGCAUCAUACUCCAUCUUUCUGUUCUACUUGAAUUCUACCUUUAACCCUGUGGUGUAUGCAUUGUUCUACCCCUGGUUCAGAAAAGCGGUAAAACUUGUUGUCACUCUUCAAAUACUGCAGCCUGGCUCCUGCGACACCAAUGUUUCAUAG